GAUCGGUCCCGGGUCUGUGGUGAUGGGUCACGGAUCUGUGGUGAUCGGUCACGGGUCUGUGGUGAUCGGUCACGGGUCUGUGGUGAUCGGUCCCGGGUCUGUGGUGAUGGGUCACGGCUCUGUGGUGAUCGGUCACGGCUCUGUGGUGAUCGGUCAAGUCUCUGUGGUGAUGGGUCACGGCUCUGUGGUGAUCGGUCACGGCUCUGUGGUGAUCGGUCACGGCUCUGUGGUGAUCGGUCACGGCUCUGUGGUGUGUUGAUUGGUCAUGGCUCUGUGAUCGGUCACGGCUCUGUGGUGUGGUGA